AUGGCCUUCUCCAGAGGUGUUGGGAUGAUCUUGGGACCUCUAGUGAUGUCAAAGGUCUUGGGCAAGUUGAUCUGGAGCGGUGAGUCGCAGUAUGGCUUCGGCACCGUUCUGGGUUUCAAGGCGCUUUGUAUCGUUAUGAUCCCGCGAUUGGACCAAGCCUGGUCGCUUUGCUUGGCCUUCUUUGGGGUGGGCGCUGCGAUGGCUGUCUUGGAUACCUUCAACAUCAUGUUGGUGGGCCGCUUAUUGAAGGCGCGGAGUGGCGCUGAGCUCGCCAAGUACGACCUUUGCUAUGGGAUCGGUGGGAUGGUGGCGCCUUAUAUCGCCAUUUUGGUCCAUCGCUAUUCCUGGGACGUUUUGGCCACCGUGGAUUUGCUCAUGGCUGCCGUGGUGGUGCGGAGACGCGCUUGUCUGGGAAAGCCCACGGAUUGGAAGCAGAAGAUUCGGAACCCCGGAUCCAACGGCGGUGCCAACGGCGGCACCAACGGUAGUGGCGCUACCAACGGCGAGAAGGCUGCGACCGGCCGAGGCGGCAACUCCAUGGAUGAGGUGGCCCAGCCGGUGCCGCCAAAGGUGCUGCGUGCAGGGCUGACCUUCGCGUUCAUCUCGCAGAUCGGUUCGACGAGCAUCAGUGCUUGGGGUUUCGCCUAUACCACCAAGAGGCUGGGCUUCUCAGAGGAGUGGGCGGCUUUGGUCCCUUCCAGCUUCUACUUAGCGAGCAUGUUGCCUCGCAUGGCCAACACCUGGCUGGCCAAGAGGGUUUUGGCCUCUGCCUUGGUGCAUUGCAGCUUGAUUUUUGUGCUUUUGGGCAGCAUCUCGGUCCUCGUGUCCUCCUGGAUGCUGAGUAAUGCGAGAAACUCUGCCAGUGAUGCAAGCUCUGGCAGCCUGGAUAUUGAAGGCUAUGUCCUCAUGUUCCUCGGUAUUUGGUUCAUGGGCAGCUUGGCAGUGCGCACGUGGGAACAGUUGCAGGCCUGCAGGCUCAAACGCAUGCGUACUGGCUAUGCAAACCACUACUCCAUGCUUUUGGUCUCCAUGACGCAACACGGUGAGUUGACCUCCCAGCAAAGCGGAAUGCCCCUUGGCCCGAAGCGCUGUAAUGACUGUGAACAGCGCUGCCAAUGA